AUGAAUCGUGUGGUUCGUCAUAAUCUACGCGUACGUCUUGGAGAUGUCGUGAGCGUAACAGCAGCUCCAAACAUUGGGUAUGGCCGACGAGUGCAUGUCCUUCCGAUUGAUGACACUGUUGAAGGACUUACAGGAAACCUCUUCGAAGUCUUCCUCAAGCCGUAUUUUGUUGAGGCGUAUAGGCCUCUUCAUAAAGGUGACAUUUUCACAGUUCAAGCUGCAAUGCGCACUGUUGAGUUCAAGGUAGUCGAAACCGAUCCAUCUCCAUCAUGCAUUGUCGCUCCUGAUACUGUUAUCCACUACGAAGGAGAAGCUAUCAAGCGUGAGGAAGAGGAGGAGAAUAUGAACGACGUUGGAUAUGACGAUAUCGGCGGUGUUCGCAAGCAACUGGCACAGAUCAAAGAAAUGGUUGAACUUCCGCUUCGUCAUCCUCAGCUAUUCAAAGCUAUUGGUAUCAAGCCGCCUCGAGGAAUUCUACUCUUUGGUCCUCCGGGAACGGGUAAAACCCUCAUAGCUAGAGCAGUUGCCAACGAGACUGGAGCGUUCUUCUUCCUGCUCAAUGGGCCCGAGAUUAUGUCGAAACUUGCUGGUGAAUCAGAGUCAAAUCUGCGUAAGGCUUUCGAGGAAUGCGAGAAAAACUCGCCCGCAAUUCUUUUCAUUGACGAGAUCGAUGCCAUUGCUCCAAAGCGUGAGAAGAGGUUGAGCGUCGUAUUCGUUUCACAAUUACUCACUCUCAUGGAUGGCCUAAAGCAGAGAUCUCACGUUGUGGUUAUUGCGGCCACAAACAGGCCCAAUUCCAUUGAUGCUGCAUUGAGACGCUUCGGCCGCUUUGACAGGGAAAUUGAUAUCGGUAUUCCUGACGCGGUUGGACGUCUCGAGGUACUUCGUAUACAUACGAAGAAUAUGAAACUCGCUGACGAUGUCGAUUUGGAGCAAGAUUGCAACGAGUGCCACGGAUACGUUGGUGCUGAUCUUGCAUCGCUGUGCUCCGAGGCUGCAUUGCAACAGAUUCGAGAGAAAAUGGAUCUCAUUGAUCUUGAAGACGAUACUAUCGACGCCGAAGUGCUCAACUCGCUGGCAGUAUCGAUGGAAAACUUCAGGGUAUGUGCACGCCAUGGUUCAUGGUUCCAUUGUUUUUUAAACACACAAUUUUUUAGUUUGCCAAUGGGCAAAUCUUCGCCGUCAGCACUGCGUGAGACAGUUGUAGAGACUCCAAACAUCACCUGGGACGACAUCGGAGGUCUUCAAAAUGUCAAGCGUGAACUUCAAGAGCUGGUGCAAUACCCAGUCGAGCACCCUGAAAAGUAUCUGAAGUUCGGAAUGCAGCCUUCACGUGGUGUGCUUUUCUACGGACCACCCGGUUGUGGAAAGACUUUACUGGCCAAGGCCAUUGCCCAUGAAUGCCAGGCCAACUUCAUAUCUAUCAAGGGACCUGAACUUUUGACGAUGUGGUUUGGAGAAUCAGAGGCUAAUGUCCGCGACGUGUUUGAUAAAGCUCGAGCUGCCGCUCCAUGCGUGCUAUUCUUCGACGAGUUGGAUUCCAUUGCGAAAGCUCGUGGAGGUGGUUUGUACGAGAUGUUCGCACAAACCUUACAGCAACAGCGAGGUUUCGGCAAUAAUUUCAAGUUCCCUGGCGAGCAGCCGUCGGCUCCUAACCAGCCAUCAGGUGUCCCAGUUGGAGGAAAUGACGAUGAUGACCUCUAUAGUUAA